AUGGGGCUCGACGAACAAAAGGAAGAACGAGAGGUUCUCGACUCCAUAUUCCCAGAUGAAAUCACAGAUGUUUCUGACUCCUCUUAUCGGAUAUCGAUCACCCUCGACGUACCAGAAGACCCCUCUGAUGAGGAUGCCGAGCCACCUGUUAUUCUGCUCAAUGUGACUUAUCCAGAAGCAUAUCCUGAUGUGGGACCUUAUUUAGACAUUACGACCCCGCCCAAUGCCUACAGACACCCCGAACUGGAUGUAGCAGAGGACAAAGCCGAGCUGCUCCAGGCACUUGUGCCGACGAUGGAAGAUUCACUUGGAAUGGCCAUGAUCUUCACGCUGGUCACAACCUUGAAAGAAGCAGCGGAAAGCCUCAUUACCGAUAGACUGCAAAAAGCAGAAGCGGUCAGGGACCAAGAACUGCGCAAGAAGGAAGAGGAGGAGAAUCGAAGAUUCCACGGUGCGCUGGUGACAAAGGAAAAGUUUUUAGAAUGGAGAGAGAAAUUCCGGGCGGAGAUGCAGGAAAAAGAGAGGAAGCAGAAGGAGGAGGAGGAUGCGGAAGACAAGAAGAAGAAGGGCGGCACUAAGACAGACGAGAAGAGGCUGACGGGUAAGCAGCUCUGGGAGAGUGGGCUCGCCGGUAAGGGAGAAGAGGACGACGCCGAGGGCGAGGAUGCCAUUGCGGCGGUGGAAAAGCUCCAGGUCAAGGGAUAA